AUGUGGCUUUCUGACGAGGCAACCUUUAAUUCAUUCGAGCCUAUCCCAGACUUGGCUCACUCUUCGAUUCCUGGUUCUUGCAAGCAAGAAUACAUUGAUAAAUCAAGGGAGUCAACAAAAGCCACCUCUUCGGGACUAAUACAUUGCUUAUUCCAUGGUCGCCUCGGGCCUGAUCAAGUUGCUCUGGUUACGCAGACACAGCAGAUACGUUUAGUCAGCUACUUUCACAAGGAUGAUGAGGAGUGUGAAGAAGAAGAUGCUGAGGGCGGUUUUGCUAAUACAAAUUAUUCCAAGCAGGAUAAGGAAUUAACUGGCGAUACGAUCAUUAUUAAUGAGCGCCUAAGUAAGCUAAGGCCUCGACAAACAUCAGUCCAACACCAUUCUAUGCAGACCUUAGAUAACACCUCGUCUUUACGAGGUAGUUCGUUGGAAUCUAGUCCGGAACCCAGAACAUACGAUCAGCCAACCAGAACUUGUGUUGCUACCUCGAGUGGCGAGUUGAGCCUAGGCAAUCCACAGCCGUCGUGGUCAUGCCAGCCUGGAUCUGGAUCUGGACAACAAUGUAUGCAAAACAGGCAUCUUCAGAGGCGCCGGCUAACCGCGAUUCUUGUGGGGCGCACCUUUAGGACAGCUCGGGCCAACGUGGCUGUAUUUGCUGGUCGAUGGCUUUGGGAAGCACGCCUAUUAACCCCCGGUGUAAUGCAGAUUGGUUGGUGCCAGGCGGACAUCAAUUUUGGUCAGGAUGUAGGUUGGCGAAAAAUUUAA